AGCAGACAAAUGGGCGGGGUUUGUAUGUUGUUGACACCUGAGGUCUCUUGCGCAUGCGCAGUCUGCAUCACGAGGACACACCUUUGUGUUGAAAUCGAAAGUAAACUCUCGAUACUUACCGAAUGUAACUUCACAUUUCGAAGACUUAAAAACUGGCAUAAAAAUCUCAUUACGGCCUCGUGUCAGUCUGUCAUUAUGGAGAUCAGAGAGAGAUCUUCAUCUCCAGAUCACACCAGAGAGUCUCUGAAGAGCCACAGAUCCAUGAAUCCUCCUGAAUCCAGUGAUGAUCCAGUGACCUCUGACCUCAGGAUCUGCAGUCAGAGAUCUUCAUCUCCUGAUCACAGCUGUGUGUCUCUGAAGAGUGACGAAUCCAUGGGUCGCCCUCCUAACCUCAGUGAUGAAGCGGUGACCUCUGACCCCAGGAUCUGCAGUCAGAGAUCUUCAUCUCCUGAUCACAGCUAUGUGUCUCUGAAGAGUGACGGAUCCAUGGCUUAUCCUCCUAAACUCAGUGAUGAAGCAGUGACCUCUGACCCCAGCAGAGCAGAUGGAGAGCGAAGCAUCUCUGGAGGAGUCUCCUCUGUCUUCUGUCUGAACAACACGAGCGUUACAGCGUCUCUGAAUAAACAUGAUCAAGCAGUGAAUGAUGAACUACAGAGAGUCAAAGAGCAGCACAAAACCAGCAUGAAGAACAAGUAUGAGAGAUUAUGUGAGGGACUGAAACUCCAGGAGAAUGAAAGCCUCCUGAACAGCAUCUACACACAGCUCUACAUCAUAGAGGGAGAGAGAGAAGGAGUGAAUGAAGAACAUGAGGUUUUACAGAUGGAGAAAACAGCCAGAACACAACCCUCACAAGACGCUCCAAUCUACUGCAAUGACAUCUUUAAAGCCUCCGCUGAAGCAGGAUCUGAGGAGAAAGAGCAGAUCAAGACUGUUCUUACUAAAGGCAUCGCUGGAAUCGGAAAAACCGUCUCUGUGCAGAAGUUCAUUCUGGACUGGGCCGAGGGAAAAGCCAAUCAGGAUGUAGAUUUCAUGUUUGUGCUUCCAUUUCGAGAGCUGAACUUGAUCCGAGAUCAUCAGUACAGUCUUCACAGACUUCUGCUGGACUUUCAUCCUGAACUUCAAGAUCUGGACUCACAGAUUUAUGAGGAGUGUAAAGUUGUGUUCAUCUUUGAUGGUCUGGAUGAAAGCAGAAUCACACUGAUGUUUUCAGAUGCUCAGAAAGUUUGUGAUGUGACUGAGACUUCAUCAGUGGCUGUGUUGAUGUCAAAGCUCAUGAAAGGAGAGCUGCUUCCCUCUGCUCUCAUCUGGAUCACCUCCAGACCAGCAGCAGCCAAUCAGAUCCCCUCCAAAUACAUCCACCGUCUGACAGAGAUUCAGGGAUUCACUGAGCCUCAGAAGGAGGAAUAUUUCAGGAAGAGAAUCAGUGAUGAGCAUCAAGCCAGCAGAAUCAUCUCACACAUCAGAAGAGCAAGAAGCCUCCACAUCAUGUGCCACAUCCCCGUCUUCUGCUGGAUCUCAUCCACUGUGCUUCAGAAGCUCCUGGAAGAAGAUCUGAGAGCAGAAAUCCCUCAAACUCUGACUGAAAUGUACAUCCACUUCCUGCUGAUUCAGAUCAACAUGAGGAAGCAGAAGUAUGAAGAGAGAGAUCCAGAGAAACUCCUGCCGUCCAACAGAGAAGUGAUUGUGAAACUUGCUGAAGUGGCUUUCAAACAGCUGAUGAAGGGCAAUGUGAUGUUCUAUGAGGAGGACCUGAUUGAGAGCGGCAUAGACGUCACUGACGCCUCAGUGUAUUCUGGGAUUUGCACUGAGAUCUUUAAGCAGGAAUCUGUGAUUCAUCAGAGGGAAGUCUACAGCUUCAUUCAUCUGAGCGUUCAGGAGUUUCUCGCUGCUUUCUAUUUGUUUUACUGCUAUUUAACAAAGAACAAGAAAACACUGCAUGAAUUCAGAUUAUACAGAUAUGAUGAAGUCUCUCUGUAUGAUCUACUAACAUCAGCAGUAGAUAAAGCUCUUGAGAGUAAGAAUGGAUGUCUGGAUCUGUUCCUGCGGUUCCUGCUGGGCGUCUCACUGGAGUCCAAUCAGAGACUGUUACAGGAUCUACUGACACACACAGAGAACAGCUCAGAGACCAUCAGAGACACCACACGGUACAUUAAACACAAGAUCAAAUAUGAUCCUGAACACCAUCCUCUCUCAGCUGAUCAGUCCAUCAAUCUGUUCCUCUGUCUGCUGGAAGUGAAAGAUCAGACUCUGUUCAGAGAGAUUCAGGAGUUUGUGAAAUCAGACAAACACUCAGAGAAACUCUCUGCUGCUCACUGCUCAACAAUCUCCUACAUGAUUCAGAUGUCAGAGGAGCCACUGGAUGAACUGGACCCCAUGAAAUACAACACAUCAGAUGAGGGGAGAAGAAGACUGAUACCAGCUGUGAUCAACUGCAGAAAAGCUGUGUUGAGAGGUUGUGGCGUCACAGAUGAAGGUUGUUCUGCUCUGUCUUCAGCUCUGAGAUCAAACCCCUCACACCUGAGAGAACUGGAUCUGUCUGGGAAUAAAAUAAGAGAUUCAGGAGUGAAGUGUCUCUGUGCUGUACUGGAGGAUACUCGCUGUAAACUGGAGACACUGUGGUUGAUUGAUUGUGGCGUCACAGAUGAAGGUUGUUCUGCUCUGGCUUCAGCUCUGAGAUCAAACCCCUCACACCUGAGAGAACUGGAUCUGUCUGAGAAUAAAAUAAGAGAUUCGGGAGUGAAGUGUCUCUGUGCUGGACUGGAGGAUCCUCGCUGUAAACUGGAGAAACUGCGGUUGAGUUAUUGUGACGUCACAGAUGAAGGUUGUUCUGUUCUGACUUCAGCUCUGAGAUCAAACCCCUCACACCUGAGACAACUGAGUCUGUCUGUGAAUAAAAUAAGAGAUUUGGGAGUGAAGUGUCUCUGUGCUGGACUGGAGGAUCCUCGCUAUAAACUGGAGAAACUGCGGUUGAGAGAUUGUGACGUCACAGAUGAAGGUUGUUCUGCUCUGACUUCAGCUCUGAGAUCAAACCCCUCACACCUGAGAGAACUGAAUCUGAUUCUGAAUAAUCUACGACAAUCAGGAGUGAAGUUACUCUCUGAUCUGAAACAUGAUCAACGUUAUAAACUGGAGAGAUUAGACUACUGACUCUCAGUAUUUAGACGUCAGUUCAGUUUCCUCAGGAUCAGCUGAUGGUGAAUAAGAGCCGCUACAGGAAUCAGUGAUGUGAAGUUAAAUGAAUGCAUGGAAGUGUAAUGUGUGGAGCAGUGUUGAUGAACAGAAGAAACAAGCUUCAAGGAAACUAAACAAAUUCAGCAAAAGACGUUUUUAGCCAAAGGACAUUAAGAAAAUAGUUGAUAUGUUUAUACAGCACUGAAAACCAAGAAAAUCAAUGUGAUAUUUUCAGUGAUGAGCUUAUAUCCUGAACUGUCCAGAUUUAAUAUAGAUCAUCAUAACUGUGUAUCCUGAAAUUCAGAAAUAGACAACUUAUCACUACAUUUUCUUAUAUUUUAAUCCAGUCUAACAUUUGAGUGUGUAACCUUUGUAUGUAUGUGUUUAUUUUUAUUAAAAUAUGUAUCAUCUCGAGAAGAGGGACUUCCACUUGA